AUGCAGAACCUGAACGACCGCUUGGCCUCCUACCUAUCCAAGGUGCGGGCUCUGGAGGAGGCCAACAGCGACCUGGAGCUCAAAAUCAAAACCUGGCAUGAGAAAUCGGCGUCGCACGCCGGCGGAGGCCUCCGCGACUACAGCAAAUACCACACCACUAUUGAGGACCUUCGAAAUAAGGUGAGCAAGACUUGGGAAGGGAAGGGAGAUUUUGGAGGAGUGAGGCUGGCUAAAGAUGGAAGAGAGGUAAAGGUAAAGGGACCCCUGACCAUUAGGUCCAGUCGUGACCGACUCUGGGGUUGAGGCACUCAUCUCGCUUUAUUGGCCGAGGGAGCCGGCGUACAGCUUCCAGGUCAUGUGGCCAGCAUGACUAAGCCGCUUCUGGCAAACCAGAGCAGCACACGGAAACGCCGUUUACCUUCCCACCGGAGCGGUACCUAUUUAUCUACUUGCACUUUGACGUGCUUUCGAACUGCUAGGUUGGCAGGAGCAGGGACCGAGCAACGGGAGCUCACCCCGUCGCAGGGAUUCGAACCGCCGACCUUCUGAUCGGCAAGUCCUAGGCUCUGUGGUUUAACCCACAGCGCCACAGAGGUGGGCAAAUCUGUCUCUUUCAGCUUCUCUCAGUUUCUUAUUUCCCCAGUCUUAAAUUCACCAGUGAAUUUCACCUGAGAGGCACAUUCUUCUGUAAUUUUACUUAAUGUAUAUUCAUGAUGCAUAUGCUAGGAUAAAAUGUGCGCAAAAAUGCAUAUGUUAAUGAAAAUAACGGGGGGAGGGAAUAUGUUUUCUAUCAACGGAAAUUAAACAUAUGCAAUUUUAUGCACACUUUACACCAGUAUAUUUGAUGAAGUGUGGUUGUCAAAGGAUGUCUGCGUUUUAGUUCGCUUGUUGUUUCCGAAAAUGCAAAUUUGCAGGUUCGCCUUUAAAUGUGAACUGAAUCUCAAUCAAGCUUGCCAUAAUUUUGUGAUUAUGCAAGUCAGUCCUACUAAAGCUACUACUGCCUGGCUGUGAGAUUUAUGAAGGGGGAGGGUAUUCUCUUAUAGAUCAACAGGCUACUUUUGCUUUUUAUGGCUUCUCUCCACUCACAGCAGACCCAUUGGACUGAAUGGACCCAAGGAUGGGAGCCAGUGUAAAUUAAGCUGGUUUACGUUAAGCAGCUGUUAAUGUCCGCCAGAUCCAAGCUCCAUUCAGGAGUGGCCUGUGCUGGCUGAGCUGCCCUAAACUUGGCAGGUAAAGCAGCUCAGCUAAUAGAGCAUGAGGACUCUUAGUCUCAUGGUUGUGGGUUCAAGCCCCAUGCUGAGCAAAAAGAUUCGACCCUCGUGGUUUAUCCCAACUCUACAGUUCUAUGACUCAAUGAAAGCAAGCCCUUAGAAGAGAGUUGGAUUUAUAUCCCCAUUUGCCAGGUUAAUGUAGGCCAGGUUCUCAGGUCACGUGACUAUGCUUAGGAUCCAGCCUAAGUCCCCCUCCUGUCUCACCCUCACCUCAACCCCAGAAUGUCAUUUGUUCAGGGUUUAGGCCAGCUGAAGGACUACUGGGCUCAGCUCAGGCAGCUGGGUCCUGGCCAAACUGGGAUGUGGGAGAUACAGAGGCCAUAUCUAUGGCUCAGCCAGGAUCAGGUAGUUAAACCAACAUAGCCUGGCCAGGUGAUUGAGAGCCAGUGUGGUGUAAUGGUUAGAAUGCUAGACUAGGACUUGGGAAACCAGGGUUCAAAUCCCCACUCAGCCAUGAAGCUCACAGAGUGACCCUGGGCCACACAAAGUCUCUCAACUUAACCUACCUCACAGGGCUAUUGUGCGGAUCAAAUGGGGAGGAGGCGAAGUCUGUUAACCAGCUUAAGCUUCCUAGAGGAAAGGUGGGAUGGGAAUGUAAUAAAUAAAACAAAUUCAUCUUUAGGAUUGUGCCCUUGAUCAUGUCAAUUCAGAGUAAAACUCAGCCCAGUGCCCCCUCAUGUGUUUUAAUGAUGCAUUUACUCUUAUUUUUAAUCUUUACGUUUGUUUUAGAAUUUUUCUACUCACUUUGAGCGAUUUUGUUGGAGGGAGGAAAGAGGGAUGUAAUCUUUUUGUGUAAAUAAUAUAAACGAUUUGCUUUUUUUACUUCCUUUUUCUAUAUCCCCCUCCAAUGCAGAUCAUUGCUGCGAGCGUCACAAACGCCAGCAUUAUCCUGCAGAUAGACAAUGCCAGGCUGGCUGCAGAUGACUUCAAAAUGAAGUAAGUUUGAACCCAAUCAGGGUAUCUGUGCUAUUUUUCUUUUUUAAAAAAAGAGGUGCUGGAACUCACCAUGAACGCCUUCCUUGUUCUCUUAUCAUGGCAAUGGCGCCACCUGAGGGGUGCUGAAACUGAGAUCCAGAGAGUUCCGGCUUUUUUUCUGGGGGGACGCAGGGGCACGCAUACCCCUAAACAUUUUCUGAAUCUAAUGGGAGAAGAAACUAAAAAUAUUUUUUAAAUUACCGUAUUUUUCGCUCUAUAAGACACACCAGUCCACAAGACGCACCUAGUUUUUGGAGGAGGAAAACAAUUAAAAAAAAUUCUGAAUCUCAGAAGCCAGAACAGCAAGAGGGAUCGCUGCGCAGUGAAAGCAGCAAUCCCUCUUGCUGUUCUGGCUUCUGUGAUAGCUGCGCAGCCUGCAUUCGCUCCAUAAGACGCACACACAUUUCCCCUUACUUUUUAGGAGGGAAAAAGUGAGUCUUAUAGAGCAAAAAAUAUGGUAGUUCCUUCUCUAUCACGGUGAAUCAUCAGUUCCGUUGCUACCCCCAAUGGUGGCCUCAUUUCCUGUCAUGGUGUUUCCUGAGUCUCAGACAGAAUGAGAGUACGCCUAAACAUUUUUUAAGGAAAAAAGCACUGGUUCCAGCUUGGGGGGAGACUGUGUACCUAAUUUUACUUGUAAAUAUGACCAAAACAAACAGCCUGAUAAGCAGAGUCUCAGGCUUCUCAACACAAUGACAAUCAAAUAACUGGCCAAGCCAAUGCAAUAGCCAAAGUUAAGUACUUGAGCAAGCUAAGCACUUUAAGAAAUAAUAAUAAUUCCUCUUCAAAGAUAUGAAAACGAGGUGUUCCUCCGCCAGAGCGUUGAGGCAGACAUCAAUGGUCUGCGCAAAGUCCUUGAUGAACUGACUCUGUCCAGGAGCGACCUAGAAAUGCAGAUUGAGACCCUGACUGAAGAGCUGGCCUACCUCAAGAAGAACCAUGAAGAGGUAAGGCAGCCAUCUUGCUCAAGCAACUGACAGCAUAACUCCAGGUGUUGUUAGGUGGUUCCUGAGCUCCAGGACUUUUGCACUGAGCCCCAGGUGUCCUGUUCCAUCCUGCUCCCUUUUUCGUGAACUUGUUUUGUUUUGAACUUUGCUAAGUUAAAGCUCAGCCGGGCACACCUCAAAGCACAGGAAGAUCCCAGCAGUCCACUAAUCUUAAGUUGCCCAAAGGCAUCCAUGCAUACAGUUUGCAUAUGCUGAUCUACGCAAAUUUGUUUCCUGCCCCAGUGCCCCAAAUCCUCUCCGUAUUUAGCAACUCCCCUAGUACAACUUGAUUAGUUAGCAAUCCAAAAUGGUUGGAUUUAGGGAAUGUUCAGUGCUGAUAACAGUAAUGAUAACAAGAGGUGCUUCACUGAGCAAAAGCUCAGCAGCUUACAGGAGGUGUGAGAAAGCAUAAGGCUAGCAAAACUCGUUUCUGAAGGGUGAUCAAAUUCCUCAGAUUUGGGACACAAGUUCCAUACCCCUGGGUUACAGGUUCUCCACUGCAUUAACCAGAAUGAGGCAGCCCCCUCAAGCAGCAGAGGAUCAGGUGGGAUGGCAGCCCCCAACCUAUUCCUUUUGAGCCCACCCCCUGCCCCCUACUAUUCCUACCCCUCUGAGCUGGUGCUUUUCUGGCAGUGAUUCCUUCGCCCUGCUGGCUUUCACUGCCUGUCUGUAUGCCUGUAUUCACUUACUCCCAGGGAUGGGGAAAGUUUACGGGAACCCGAAUGCCAAGCUUAUCUUGAUUGAUGGAUUGAUUGCAUUUAUAUCCCGCCUUCUUUCUUCCAAGGAGAUCAAGGUUGUGUACAUGGUUCUCCUCCUCCUCAUUUAAUCCCUGCAACAAGCCUGGGGAGUAGUAGGUUAGGCAGAGAGGCAGCGACUGGCCAAUGAAUAUUCAUGUUUCUAGGGAUGCAGAAAUGCUGCAUGUGUAAAUGAAGUCAAUGUGUUGCCACUGUGAAUAUGCAGAAAAUGACCAAUCAGUGUGGAUAUGUAUUACAACCAGGAUCAAGAGAUUGUGCCUCUGAUUACUGGUUGGUAGGGAGUACCGUAUUUUUCGCUCUAUAAGAUGCACCAGACCACAAGAUGCACCUAGUUUUUGGAGGAGGAAAACAAUUAAAAAAAUAUUCUGAAUCUCAGAAGCCAAAACAGCAAGAGGGAUCGCUGCACAGUGAAAGCAGCAAUGCCUCUUGCUGUUCUGGCUUCUGUGAUAGCUGCGCAGCCUGCAUUCGCUCCAGAAGAUUUCCCCUUACUUUUUAGGAGGGAAAAAGUGAGUCGUAUAGAGCAAAAAAUACGGUAGAUAUGAGAGAAGGAAAAUGCAGAUACAAGAGAAGGGAAAUGCACAAGUUCUGCUUGUGGGCUUUCCAUGGACAGGCUGGGACUCUGAUCCAGUGCAAUUCUUAUGUUCACAAAUGUACCAACUGAGUUAUGGUCCUGAGGCGUUUUGUUUGUUUGUCCCUUUCUCUUUCCUUCUUCCCUUUCUUUCUUCAUGUAGGAAAUGAAAAGUUUGCAAGGCACGACCUCCGGGAACGUCAACGUUGAAAUGAAUGCUGCCCCAGGAAUUGACCUAACUACCCUCUUGAACAAGAUGAGGGCAGAGUAUGAGGCUCUGGCAGAGCAGAAUCGCAAGGAUGCUGAAACCUGGUUCGCCGAAAAGGUAAACGAAAAUGCAGGGAUGUGUCUAAAAACCAGCAAUCUACCAGCAAAUCUGUUUUUUUAAAAAAGAAAUGAAAUGAAAUGACAUUUGCCAGUCCAAUCGUCUCAUUUCCUUGAUUGUGAAACAGCUUACACGUGCACAUUAAAAUAAGACAGCAGAUUACCACUGCGCAGUGGUUCCAGGGAUAACAGAACAAGAGACUUCUGCAGGUUUCGCAAGUGUGUGUCUCUCCAUGGUUCCCUGACUGCUCAUUCCCCCCAUUGCCCUUUAAACGCAGCAUUUGUCCUUCCCUGUAAAACUCCAAAUUCUGCAGAAGAAACCUGGAGAAGUUGAAGGGUGUAUAAGAUGCACUGAACAUGUACAGAGUGCCCUACUCUUAUGCUUUCUGUUACUGGUGUCCGUUAUACCCGGAGCUCUCAUUUUACAAAUGGCGGGGUAGAGCUGCUAAGUUUCUGGAAAACAAAAUCAAUUGCUCCAACCACAUUUCUGUCAUUUGAAUACUAUACCGCUCAAAUGCUGUUAUUGAAUUAUUGCAGAGUAAGGAACUGAACGUGAUGAUCAACGUGAGUGCCAAGGAGACCAGCACCAACAAGAAUGAGAUCACAGAUUUGAAACGCACCCUUCAGGCUUUGGAGAUAGACCUGACAUCUCAACUUGCUUUGGUAUGGGGAAGAGAUCUCUGCCAGAUAACAUAAUCGUGUUUGAAUGAUUAAGACAAACAUCUCCCUGAAAUAUACACCUCCCUCUUACAAGGCUGGUUCAGGAACAAAGCUAAGUCACAUUAAGCAUUAUGAGAAUGAGCCUAGCUCUCCACCCCAAAAAAACCCUUGUGUCCUUUGAAGCUUUCACUCCUGUUUCAUUCAAACCUAGACCUUUAUGCAAUCUUCAUUGUGGUUAAUGAAAACAAGUCAACUUCAAAGAAUAGUUCAUGAAACUGGCUUGUUUUCACUAACUGUAGUUAAGAUUGACUGCUGUUUAGGGUUCAGAUGAUACACACAACCCCUGAACCCUCUUCAUAAUUUGUUUACAUACACAAGUAGUGAAAAGGGCUUAAGUUGGUUAGAAGUUAUCAAGAGUCCCUGGAAAUAACAGUCAUUCUUUAUUUGCCUCUCUUUUCAUUACAAGCUGCUAGCUAUGACAAUAAGCAAUUGGGUUGUCUCAUUCUGCAGCAGCUUGCUUUCUCUGAAUGGCAAAUAAUCUUAGCGAUCUCUCCAUUUUAGUCAUGUUGUACCAAGAAUGGCAAGACCUGAAUGCCAUCUCACUGGUUACAGGGAUUCCUAUAAGUGCAGUGCUGAAAAUUUCUCCUCCAUCCUCUGUCAGUUAAUGAGAAAAGAAAUUGGAACCAAAACUCAAUAGAUUUGUGAAUGAAGUCAGGGAGUUUGAUCUCCUUACCUUACUUUUGAAGUGGCUGAAAGAUGCUUGUGAAUAGUUUUUAUUUCAUUCUACAAAUCGUCUCACCAGUGGUCUGCACCCUGCAGCCUCCCCAGGUGCCCGGACUUCCAUUAAAGUUUAAUAGGAACUCCUCCAAUGGGGCUUUGUCAGUUGAGGAAGUAUGGGUAGCCAGGGAGGCUGCAAAUCAUUAGAGAAAUGUUUGAACGAUGUUUAUGUGGGGGAAACGGCAUACACCUCACAACAAGAAGGUAAGCUCAAGACUGAAAUUUAAAAGAAAUUCCCAAGCGCAUGAGGAAUUAAAGCAGAAGCCUCUUUUGCAGAAGAACAAAACUCACGAGAUGCGUUUGGAGGAAAGAUUUCAGCACAGCACGAACUCCUAUAGAUUAUUUAUUUAGUGGAUUUGAUUUUGAGCCUCCUCCUUUCCAAGGGCUCAGGACAGGUGGCAACGUGUUAGAAACAAAGGCCUUUUGAGCACAGCAGCCAAAAUACAAAGAACCACACAGGUAGCUUUGUGCAAUUUGCAGGUUUGGGCUUGAGUUAUUCACAAAAGGGUCAGCCUACACGUUAAAUCGUUUGUACUUAAAAAAACAACACCAAAAACCUGACCAAUUUUUUUAUUCUGAAGAAGCCACAGGGUCCCAAUUCAAAAUUUGUUCCUGUGCCAGAUGCGGCCCUUUGCCACUUUAUUGCUGAAACUCACAGGAACAUAGGAAACUGCCUCAAACUGAGUCAGAACAUUGGUCCAACUUGCUCAGAAUUGUCUACACAGCUCCCUUUCAGACAAGAGUUUCGGCCAGCCCUACCAAGAAAUGGCAGGGAUCGACACUGAGCCUCUCCACAGGUAAAGCAUGAGCUCCGCCCCUUCCCCUACUGCAAGGAGCACCUUGGGGGACAAAUAACUGUGGCAGGGGGACUGGUCUAGGGUCCCCAAUGCAGACUGCGAGUCCAUUCCAGAUUGGCAGCCCUUGCCUGCCUUUUCUUAGCUUUGUAACUUGCUCUCAGCAGCCCAUCGUGCCACAAAACAAAGCACUUUUGAAGCCGAGUUGUUUCAAAUACAGGUUUGCAUUUUGGAACAGGAUUCUGCUGCACAAAGAGAAACAGAUCAAAAUUUUAAAAGCCCUUGAGCACACCAAACAUAGCACUUUAGAACUGUAACUGAAAUCUAGAUACUCAAACGAUACCAUCCCUGGGUCCGUACAAGCAGAGCUUAAGAGCUUCUUUUUUUAAAAAAAAAAGUGCAUGCAAAUCAAUGCAAAUGCAAUAUUGCUCUUGCAACUUAGUGGAAUUGGUACAUCUGGUGGAUAGAUUUCAUUAGGUACACAAGUUAAGAAUGACUUAGGGACGUGGGCAUGUGUCUGAAACAGCCUGGAAUUCCUUAGCAGUUGUCAUCCUCCCAGGACACUCUGGGGUCUGGAAGCAACCUUCCAAAAUGCUGAUGGCCUAAAACAUGCCCUAUGUGUUACGUUUGUGUUACGGCACCCUUUUCCCUCUCAGAGGCAAUCGCUGGAAGCCACCUUGGCAGAGACAGAAGGCCGCUACUGUGCCCAGAUCUCCCAGAUGCAAGGGUUGAUUGGCAACGUGGAGACCCAAGUACAACAAAUCAGGGAGGACAUGGAAUGCCAAAAUGCAGACUACAGGCAGCUGCUGGAUAUCAAGAUCCGCCUUGAGAAUGAGAUUGAGACUUACCGGCAUCUGAUCGAUGGAGAAGUAAGGUAGGGAGCAAAAAAAAGAACCACCAGGCAAGAAAGGGAUCGACUUUGCAACCCAGGCUUGCCAUAAACCACUGACAAUAAGGAGCAGGUUACUAUCCAAAAAGGUGUAGAAUUAUCUCCUGUGGGACAAAUUGGCUGCACUUCAGAUGCUCCUUAAACUGGCAUGAAUGUGCAAAGCACAUUGAGUAGAAUUGCUUUGCAAACAAGGAAUGAGGGAUCUGUGGCCCACCUCCAGGCAGUGUUGGACUUCAACUCCCAUCAUCCCCAGCCAGCACGGACAAUGCUCAGGGAUGCUGGGAACUGCAGUUUAACAACAUUGGCAGGUCCACAGGCUCCCUUGCCCCUGGUGUGUCAAGGCAUCAAGCCCCAUUAUAGUUAAACGUACUAGAAUCUGGGUGUCAGCCAAUGAAACGGAAUGGUGGAAGAUUCAGGAUGGACAGAAGGAAGGACAUCUGUGCUAGAAAAUAAACUAUUGCCAGUGGCAAUGAGCCACUGGUCUGGCCCAGAACUUGAUUCUGGGUCUCCUGUUCUGAAUGUGUUGCUUUGUUAAAGACCUUUGUGCUGUAUACUCCCCCCAAAAAAAGUUUUUGUUCACCUACUGUUUACUUUUGUUUGGUUUUUUUUAAUGUUCUCAUUUUGUAUUUUUAUAUCGUGAACCGACCUUGUGAUCUUUGGAUGCAGAGCGGUAUACAAAUUGAAUAAAAUAAAUAAGCAAGGGUAACACAAACAAACCUAUUGCCUAUUGCAGUGCAUCUGGACAUGGAGGUAGCAAAGAUCUGGGGUCAAAAAAUGUGGGGUCUGCAACAGCUGCAGGAUUAAGAGGCUCAGAAUCUGCUGCAAGAGGCACUGGAUCUGGCACAGACACCAGUGGCAGAGGAACUGCAGGUGGGAACACGCAUUCUGCAUCCAGAGAAAAAGGUAAGCAUCAUUUUGGGGGUGUCUUUCUAUGUUAUUAAUAGGUUGGGGACUAAGACCAAUUUAACAUCCCACACUCAGUACAUUUUUUCUCCCCCUUCCAUUUCAUCAAUGCAAAGAAUUCUCGGGUUAGAAGCAAUUACCGUUAUUUUUUGCUCUAUAAGAGUCACUUUUUCCCUCCUAAAAAGUAAGGGGAAAUGUGUGUGCGUCUUAUGGAGUGAAUGCAGACUGCGCAGCUAUCCCAGAAGCCAGAACAGCAAGAGGGAUCGCUGCUUUCGCUGCACAGCGAUCCCUCUUGUUGUUCUGGCUUCUGAGAUUCAGAAUAUUUUUUUUCUUGUUUUCCUCCUCCAAAAACUAGGUGCGUCUUAUGGUCUGGUGCGUCUUAUAGAGCGAAAAAUAUGGUAUCUAUGUACCUCAUCUAUGAACAGAAUUCCGGAGUGCAGGUUACAUGGCCCACAGACAACUGAGACUUAUUUUUUCAGAAAGGGCUGGAUUGGCUCUGCCAGUGUGUUUGCACCACACUGACCUCCACAUCCCUUUGCCCCACCCUUUCAAAGCCAUAGAGAUGCUGGCGAUGGGAGGUCAGAGAAGUGCCAACCCCCAUCCCUCACUGCCUGCAACUGUCUGGAAAUAACAAAAGCUUCCAGGUUUGCUCAUAGACUCCUCCUGGGUUGGAUGAAGAUUUCUCAUUUUAAUACAUUUUAAAUAUUUCAAUAGUUAUUACAGCUAAAUUAUAGAUCUAACAUGAACCCACUUGAUUUGCUCUUUCCUAACUAACAUCUUAAUUGAAAUGCACCUGUCUUUCGAAAUUUUCACUUCUCCAAAUUUAGGAACAGAUGCAUGCCAGCGUAACUCUUGCAUUUGUAAUCGCUAAAGAAAUCGAGUGGGAAAAGACGCCGAAUAAGUACUAAAUGUUGCACCAGAAAGGUGCUCAGCCUGCUUGGUUGUGAGUCCUGGAAGAGUUGCUUCCUGCCUUGCAGGACUUUUUCCACCUGGCCUGGGAGGGUGGGGCCCGGACUGACUCCAGCUACAAAAGCUGAGGCUGCUGAACAGACUCUUGGGCUGGGGGGUUGCUCAGGGAGUUUUAUGGAAGACGGUUGCUGCUGUUAUUGACAUUAUUUUUUAGAUCUUUAUUUUAUAUCUUAUUAUUAUUCAUGUGGAAAUUGUUCAAUUUGCUUGUGAAUUUAUUUUAUUUUUUAUGACUCCUUUUGCUAUGUUGCAAUUCAGUAGUUUUUUCAAAUUGUAAACUGCCUUGAACUUUGAACGACAGAAAGGCAGCAUACAAAUUAAAUGGUGUAUAUAUGCAUGCACGCAGGUAAAUGCUCAGAUGAUGGGGCUUUGUCAUUCAGGUAGAUACCAUUCUAUUAAAAAUUCUGUCCCAAAGAACGUUUGGCACGGGCAUUUCAGUCACUUGUUCUUUCUUUUGUCUGUUCCGCCUUCAGAAUCAAAGAAAACGAGAGUGAUCAAAACCAUCAUUGAGGAAUUAGACGAGCACGGGCGAGUAACUUCCUCCAAGGUUCAGUCUGUUAAAGAAAGCACGGUUAUAUAA